UUCUGUGGUGCUGAAUCACCCAGCAUCACUUCCCUGCGGCGGCGGUGAAAAAGUCGUGUGGCGUAAGAUCUUCCCAAUAAAAGCAACUGUCGCUGAAUGCCAAAAAAGGAAAUGCAUCAUAAAAGAAAGCUUUCUGCAAAGAUUCAGCAUCAUGCAUGAAAAAAACAACUCUCUAUUUCUCAAGUCAGCUAAAUAUAAUGACCUGGGGCAAUACGUGUGCAGUCGUGACGGCAUUGACAAGCAUGUUAACCUGGAGGUCGUAGUUCCUAUAAACGUGACAUCCGUUGAGUUGGAAAACGUCACUCUUCCGUGUUAUGCGGAUACUCAGAGCGAUGUCAGGGAUGUGACGUGGCUACACAAUGAACAAAAAGCUCUGCACUACACCACAGACAGAGGCUCGAUCCCAGGCCUGGGCUAUGAGGAGAGAGUAUCUCUGACAGAGGACGGGUUCAGAGACGGAGAUGUGUCUCUGACCAUCACUGGUGUCCAUCAGACAGAUGCAGGAUUAUACCGCUGCUUCGUUCGAGAUGAGACGGCUAAAGGAUACCCACACGCAUACAUGCUGCAUGUGAUCAAGAAGCUCAUCAGAGCAGAAGGAAACCAAACUGAGGGCAGCAACAAAGAAAAACGAACUCACAUCGGACUGCUCUUACCUUUCUCACUGUUAAUCUGCUCUCUUCUCAUUCUUUUAUGCUGCAAGAAGCUGGCAUCACCCACAGAGGAAACUACAGAUAAUAAACCCGUGCAGGAGAGUGACCAAAAGCAUUCCACUCGUCCUUUUUAUUCUGGAGACGAGAGCUAAGAACAGUCAAACCUGAGGAUGAAUGAUUACAGUAAUCAGUCUAAUAAUGAGAAUACUGACUGUGCUGAAACAGAGGAACAUGACGUUUAGCUGUCUCAUGCGUGUAACUCGUCUCAUGCAAAAGUACAAAAUAUAAAAACAGCCAUCAUGGGACCAAAGAACUGUCUGAACACUGUUAAUCACUUUUCUCUGUGGACGGAGAGCACAAAUGUAGAUAGACAACAGUUCGUGCCAUUUUUCUAAUCAAUUCUAUAUACGCAUGUAUACAUUUUAAAAUGUAUUGCAUAUUUUAUUUUUAUUUAAUAGUUUUAUAUUUAAUUUUAUUAUAUGUAUGUCUGUACUCUUUUCACCAAGAAAAAAGCCAUGCUUGGCAAUAAAGCUCUUUCUGAUUCGGA